CUUUAACUGACCACUUUAGCCUUCAUCUUCAUUAUCCAGUCGCUCUAACGCUUGGUUGUAGUAAAACAAGAUAGAGAUAAGAGACUGAUGAAAACUUCCGGAUGAGUUCAGUAGGACAAAGCAUAUUGAUGGCACUAACUGUUACCGUAAACAAGUAUGCUUCAUCAAAUUUGCAAGCAGUUCACAGAACACAAGGAAAAGCAGCAAACCCAGCCACACCCACCUUAAACACCAACGUGGGACUUGGAAGGAGAGGAAUCCUCUUAUCUACUGUAAUUGCCACCACCCAAGUACCUGACUCUAGGACUCAGCUUCUUAAAAAAUAUCAGAAGAAAUCAGAGGAAAACAAGGAGAAAAAUGACAAGGAGAGGCUGGAGAGUUAUUACAAGCGUAACUACAAGGAUUACUUUGACUAUAUUGAAGGGACGUUAAAGGCAAAGAAUGGGGAGCUUUCAGAUACAGAAAAGGGUAUCCUUGAUUGGCUUCGAAGUAACAAGUGAAAUUGGUUCUGAAUUGUUGUUAGUUACUUCUCAGUCGGUGCUUCUGUAGUCUGUACACUGACGGCAUUGAUUUUUCGCUUCUGUACACUGCAGCUCCACCCUUAGAACUAUACUUUGUAUCCACAUAGGCACAUUGAACAUUAGAUUGUGAUUUCCUGUAUCCUUGAAAUCCUCCAUGUACAAACAUUGCAAGUGAUUGAGUUUAAUUUGACAUUGUUGGCAUCACAUUCUUCAAUAGUAUAUUGAACUUCAUCUUUCUUUCUCUUUUUUAUUUUUUAUUUUUUCUCUUGGGAUAUUUGGAUAUGGCGGCAGUUUCUUUCUUGCAAGAUUUGUUGCUGACAUUUCCCUGCAUUGGCAUGACUUGUUCAAAGGAAAAGAAAGUAUUAUUGGCAGGCUAAGGCCGGAAAGUCACCCCUCAAAAUAUCAAAGAUCUAAGGGACAGAACCACCGAAUCAUUUGGUAGUGAGGUCAAACGUUACUUUUAGGUUCACCAAUCACUACAUGCAUUCUUAGCUCAUAAUUGUCAUCCAAAGCCACGUCUUAUCAUCAUUCUUAUUUUUUAGCUUGCAAAUCUAUAGUAAUAUUACGGUCAUUGACCCCAUGUGACUUUCGGUUUGGAUAUCCUGCCCAUGACUUUGGAUCAGCUUGGUAGAGCCCAUCUUGUGCCUUGCGGAUCAAAGUUACUAAGUGAAGUGUGUUGUAAGAUUAAAUUUCCUUUAUCAAAGUCAAAUCUCUAGCAGUUUACUUCUCUAGGUGUAUCGCCCUUCGAGAUUUUGCUUGUAUUCAAAUUAUGAACUAUCAAAUU